AUGGCGCCAAUCGACCACGCCGCCGCAAAGGCCGAGAAGAAGGCGAAAAAGGAAAAGAAGAGAGCCCGCGAAGAGGAUGCAGCCGCCGAGACGGAGCGAAAGCAUAAAAAGUCAAAGAGUGUCGUCGCAGCAGAUGUUCCUGCGACCGAAGACUUGAAGGCCGACAAGAAAAAGAAGAAGAGCAAGAAGGAUAAGCACGCCGAAGAUGCUACCGCGCCACAAGAAAGCGAAUCAGCUGUAGUCGACGAAGCCAAGCCCGAAAAGAAGCACAAGAAGAAGAAGCACCGCGAUGCUGAAGUCGAUACCGAAGAGGCAGAGGCCCCAGUAGACGGCGAGAAGAAGAAGAAGAAGAGCAAGAAGAAUAAGGAUACUGAAGAUAACACCGAUAAGCAGAAGCAGAGUGAAGAUGCCGCGCCCUCCGACGCUGAUGCUAUGGAUAUCGACAUGCCUCCUCCUGCCAAACCUUCAAAGUCCAGCGACGAUAUUUACCAACCUCCCGAUAUCCCCGCGAACCCUCAAUUCCCUUUCUUCACCCAGACCGUGUCGCUCUACGAGCCUCUUUUCCCAAUUGGCUGGGCGCAACCCGUCACGAACUGCCAGUUCCAACAUUUGCAACACCUCCAGAACAAGUACGUGCCUUCGCUGCGCGGUGUUUUUCUCGACUACAGGGACGUCGCUUUUGGCGAGAACCCCGGUCGCAACGGUGCUGCUACAGACGACGAGACACCCACGACUGUCAUGGCCAAGGGUGAGGCCGCUGUUGGUUGGGGAUGGAUCACCGCCGAGGUCGACCUUUUCGUUCCCAGCCGUGGUGCCUGGAUGGAGGGAAGUGUCAACUUGCAGACCGAGGGACACAUUGGUGUUGUUUGUUUUGGCAAGUUCAACGCUUCGAUCGAGGCUCGUCGACUUCCGCCCGACUGGAAGUGGGUUCCCAACGAGUCCCCCGACGCUCAAGGCUUCGAGGAGACCGCUUCAGUCAUCACCGCCGACGACCACGGUGUAAUCCGCCAGAUCCACAGCACCGGCUUCUGGGCCGACGGCAGCGGCGACAAGGUUAAGGGUAAGAUCCGUUUCCGGAUACGCAACUUUGACGUCGGCACCAGCGGCGAGAUUAGCUAUCUCAGCUUGGAGGGUACGAUGCUGGACAAGGCUGGCGAGAAGGCCGUCGUGGCCGAGGAGGCGGAGACUGCCAAGAUGCGACAGGGCAAGAAGGGUCGAAGAAGACAUAUCCCCGAGUUCGCCAUGACGCGCUUCACCGUGGAUGAACAGGAGCAGACGCAGGACAAUGAGGAGGAGAAGCGCGAGGUGUUGGCGCUUCCCGAGGAUCAAUAA